GCGCCUGCCUGCUAGUCGGAAGAUGGGGAUUUUUUUCAUUCGAACAUACACCUCCCCUUUCCCAAACAAGCAGUCAGUCUGUCAAUGUGCUCCGAGCGUUAGGCAAGUCAAACGAGUGGGAUUUUGAACUAGUGAGACGGGGGACAUAUCGAAUGGAAACCAUUGGAAGCUAUCCAGAUUCCAAAUGACUCGCCACAUCAGACAGGCGAGUCUAUAACAUACGAAGAUAAGUUAAAGUUCGAUUUAUUAUUCAAAGUUUUAUUAUGCUCUUGCUCGUCUGGUAAGGGCUGAAGUUGGAUAGGCUGGAGAUCUUCUAGCCUUCAGCUCUCUUUCUAGUCCAGUGUUUUGAUGUGUUAUGUGAUAAAUUGAUUGCUGGAUUUGUCAACACCACCGGAGUUCGUUUGUUUGAAUUGCCAGUCUCAUUUACAAAUCGUUUGGGAAAGGAUAUUGAUUUACUCACUGGAAGAGAAGAGAAAGGACGCGCAGUGUGGAUCAAACCGUGCAAUGACAAAUCCACCGACCAGCGAGCAUCAACACGUCCUUCUGAUGGAGCUACUGUUCUAAACCGGGGGGAAAAGCCUCUUCUAUUUUUAAACAUAGCAUUUGCGCUCAUGUCUCGAAUCUUUUGAAAAUACAAUUUAUUUAUCGGAGUAAAAACUCAAAAGAAAAUAAGAAGUAGAAAGGAAUGGGAGAGAAACCGAAGAGAAUCGGCGCAGAGAACAAGGGGACAUUGUUUGGAAAACACAAUUAUAGGAAACACCAACACGCAACAGAAAAUAGCUCUCCUCGAGCGCCUAUCAAAUCCGGAUAGAAAUCGAUUCAACGGGAGUUAUUUUUUUUGUGGAAGAAGGGGAGUGGUGCUCAAGCCAUUGAACACAGCUAGAGCAACUUUCUCUGCCGUAGUUGUCAAUUACUACAUUGUGUGCUCUAUUAUUCGUUUUAUAUCCAUGCGGUUGCCCAAGGCAAGAUAUUUCCUCCUCGCGCAUUGAGUGACUCACCUAUAGUUUACACGGCCAUAGCCUUUGUUUGGACUGCACCCCAUCUACAUCCUCAUAGAAAAUAUACCAUUUAUUUUUAAAUGGGGUUAAAUCCUAGGGGUUGUGGAGUUGCAAUGGCGUGUCGGAGAAGUGGGAGUAAACUGGGAUUUGUGCUGAUAUUCUUACUGGAUUUACUGGGAACGGCGGUGAGCAACAUGGAGCCUAUCUACUGGAAUUCAUUGAACAAAAGGUUUUUGGACGAUAAGGGCUACGUCCUCUACCCUCAGAUUGGGGAUCGUCUGGAUCUCAUCUGUCCGUCGUCGGACCCCCCCAGCCAGCGGGCCCCCGCCGAGUACGAGUUCUACAAGCUGUACCUGGUGUCGUCCCGUGAGCAGGCGGACAGGUGUGAGGUGACGGGCGCGCCCAACCUGCUGCUCACCUGUGACAAGCCCAACAAUGACAUGAGGUUCACCAUCAAGUUCCAGGAGUACUCUCCUAACCUGUGGGGACACGAGUUCAAGACCAACGCUGACUACUACAUCAUCGCCACGUCAGAUGGGACGCGCCAGGGCCUGGAGAGUAUGAGGGGAGGAGUGUGUGCCACGCAGGGCAUGAAGGUGAUCCUCAAAGUGGGACAGAACCCAUAUGGACUGCCCCCGAAACCUGCCAAACCAGACCAAAGUGCGGGCCGUACCAACACCAGAAAUACAGGUGGUGCUGGUAACGCCACCCAUCCCAGAGUUCCUAGCGAUGGCGCCGGGGAUUCGGGAGGCGCAGGGGGCGAGAAUGGACCCCUCCCGCCAUCCAACGUGGCCGUCAUCGCCGGCGCUGCAGGGGGCUCCGCCUUCCUCCUCCUGGUCACCGCGGUGAUCUGCGUGGUGUGUUACCGGCGGCGACACGCCAAGCACUCGGAGUCCCACCACCCGCCCCUGUCACUCUCCUCCCUCACCAGCCCCAAGAGGCAUGGCGGCGGGCACGGCGGCGGACAUGGGGGCGGUAACAACAACGGCUCGGAACCCAGUGACAUCAUCAUCCCGCUGCGGGCUUCGGACUCGGCAUACUGCCCUCACUACGAGAAGGUGAGCGGGGACUACGGUCACCCCGUCUACAUCGUCCAGGAGAUGCCCCCCCAGAGUCCAGCAAACAUCUACUACAAAGUAUGAGGGCAGUUGCCAUGACAACCUACAGUACUACCAACUACCAUUUUACCCUGUCCUGUACAGUACAGUACCACCUACAGCCCACCUACAAUAUACCCUGUCCUAUAUAGUACAGUACCACGUAAAACCUACCUACAGUAAUCCAUCACUGACUUACCCUCCAAAACCACCAAGAUCUUCAGUCCCUUAUACAGUAUCUGAACUUCCCUAUCCAACCCCAGUCCAGCCACAGGUGUGUGCAUCUAGCUAACUGAAGAGGCCAUCCGUACGCCCACCACUCUUCACUCGACUGUGUCACUAAGCUAAGUAUGGAGGGUUUAGUAUAUAGCCCCACCGGCCCCUUAAAAGAGGACAGGACUGGCAAGAGACUCUGGGGCCCACUUUUCUUUUUUUUUGUCUCACCAUGAAUCAACCCCCCCCACCCCACCCACCAGAGCUGAAGAGAAGAGUCCCCUCCCUGUACACCAUGAGGAUAAGUGUGUGAGAACAUGCACACCAAGCUAGUGUGAGAGAACACACACUAGUACCGCCACAACUUGGACUUCUGGGACUCUGACCCUUAGAAAACCCACUGACCAACCACAUCCUGAGAUCUCUGUAUUUCUCUAAUGCUCCUGUCCUGUAUCAGACCUACCUGCCUCCUGAUUGGACCCUGAGGCUAACUGUGGCCCUUGAUGUUAUAACUCACAAAUAGGAUCCUAGUUUGUUUGUGUGUGUAUGGUUUCUCAUUGGACCAGGGGCCUCUGACUCUCUCACCCAAUCAGAAAGCUGGGCUGGGGUCACGUGAUCAAUCGGUCAGACCAAUCGAGUCUUAGUGACAUUCAGAAUCUUGUAUAUUUUAAUAACGUGUGUGUGUGUGUGUGUGUGUGUGUGUGCGUGUGUGGGAGACUAGGAUAAUAAUUCUGACACUGCUGUUGCACAGAAGUGUGUGUGCAGUUAAUGUGCUUUAGUACUGUGUGUGUGUGUGUGUGUGUGUGUGUGUGUGUGUGUGUGUGUGUGUGUGUGUGUGUGUGUGUGUGUGUGUGUUAAUCUGUGUAUACGCUACAUGCGAGUGAAUGUGUGUGUUCGCGUGUCUUUAGACUUGUCUUAAAAACCAAAACACAAAAAAGUGAGUGAACAUAAAAGGUGUGUUUUUUUUAUCGCUAGCAACACUUACAGAUUAUAUAUGAAUAUCCAGUCAAUAAUUUCUAGACGUCUUGUUUUUUUUUAAAUUGUUUUUUAUUUUGAUUCCUCCACUUGUAAAACAACACUUCUGUUAUACUGCUAGAUCUUUUUUAUCCUGUGCUUUCUUGUUUGCUAUUUAGAAACCUGACCCUGUUUCCUUCCCCUUUGAGUUGUAAAUUAAUUUAAUCUCUUUGUUUUUCUUUCCUUGGCGAACUGAGGUCGUUUCUCUCUCCCUCUCUCUCUCUCUCAUCGCCUCCCUCCCCCCUCUGGGCCUCCCCCUAUGUAUAUUUUUAUAGUUCUUGUACUAUGCUGUAGUUUUGAAGUUUAGGCCUCGUUUGUGGAAGUUGUUGAGGUAGAAACCAUCUAUGAAAGUUUUUUUCAAACGCUUUUGAGCACAAGGAAAAGCAAGGGGGGAAAUGAACGAGGUUCCAAAUGAAAUGAAAUAGAAUGAAAAGAAAGAGCGGGAACCGGAGUCGCUGUCUAGGGGGAGAAGAGAAAGAGCGACUGAAUGUGGAACUUUUUUUUUUUUUUUUUUUUUAAAGAGAGAAAAGACUGAAGAAGGAAUUGCACACUAAAGAAAAGGAAGAGCGCGAGAAGAGAUGGAAAAGUGGGGGGAUGGGAGGUGAAUGGAGCGAUGAGAGAGAAGAAUCCCUGGGAAGGAUAGAGAGAGUGAAACAUUGACUGUGGCGGAAGAGAGGAGCCUUUCCUUUAAUGGAGUGCUGAGAAGGAGUGAUGGACCCUGGGAGGACGGAGGAAAGGAACAGACACACAGCUGAAAGAGAUUUCAGGGGGAAAUCUCACUGUGGAAUAAGGAGGAGAAUUUCAUCGAAAACACACACACACACACAUUGACAGAUAGACACACAUUCAAGAUAACAGACACCGACAAUUCUCUUUUCUCCGAAGGGAAAUGGCACGUUUCAAAUUCUCCCGAUUUCCCCCUUAAACAGCUUUAUGUAUCAGACACCUCUCUACACUGAUUAUAUCGACACAGACACACUGAGCCCCUCUCACAUUCUCUUUCACUGUCACAACACGCACACACAUACAUGCCGUACAUGUAUACGCCAAUUUCACACACACUCUCUCUGUCUGGCUCUCUCUGCAUCCCUCUCUCUGCCACCCACACACACACACACACACACACACACACACACACACACACACACACACACACACACACUGAUUGCUCCCAUGCGGCUCCCUAUUUCUGACACAGUCCUGGCUUUGAUACACACCUCUGUGUGUGACAGAAGGAUUAAAAGAGGGUGUGCGCGUCCUGUUUUUGUGCGUGUGUGUACGUGUUUAGCUAUAGGGAGUUCCCGCAAGAAUAGUAAACAAGCAAACAUUUGACCGCCUGGGGACAUUUUGUUAGUCCCCAGGUUAGGGAAAACAAGGUUUUGAAUGGGACUGAAUUGUGUCUUCCCACAAGGGUAGUUAUACAAGACUGUGUUUGUAUGGGUGUUUUUCUGAAACCAGUUCCUGCCAUUCUCUUAGCCUGGUUAAUUAGUUUUCACUCCCUUUUUCGGGGGCAAAGCUUUCGUCAAAACGUGCCGUGUGUUAAGUUGUGCUGUAUCGGCGAGCUGCUACUUAGUAUUGUUGAGUGUUAGACCCACGACGUGUUCAAAACAGGCACAACGACCUGCAAAUGCACACAUACGCUAAGAAAAUAGCAGACAAUAGGUGCCGUGCCAUACUUUGAAAUAUCCCUCAUGCUCAACAGGUGGAUGUUUGUUCCCAAAGCUUCACUCCACGUGUGUUUUUAUUCAUAUACACACUUGCUCAAAAAGCUUUAUUUGAAAUAUCGCGUUCAUCUUUUUUUUUACUACUACACCUACUCUCUAUCUCACAUCAUUUGUAUGUUGUGUAAUCUGUUCCCAUUAUGCUUUUUGAACUUAGAAAGUGUUACGGAGAAGUUGACUAAUUAGGGUAAAAGUUUCAUCCCAAUUUCUGUCCUGCAGCAUCAGGAUCUUGGUUUUUAUGUAUGUGGGAAUCUGUCUUGUCUCCUGUACAAAUACAUGACCACCAGGAAUUCUGUAUACCUUCAAAAACACGCUCAAAGCCAAACUACAAAGGCUCUCUGAGUUCUGAAAUCCUCUGACACUCUAAAUGGACAGUAUUUGACAAAGAUGGCUGCUGCCAUGAACAUAAACACUUGGAUAAACUUCCUGGACUUUGUGGAGUUGUGGAAUCCAAGUGUGGAAUCAGAAUGUUGCUCAUUCGCAAAAUGGUUCCUUCUCUCUCUCCUCUCCCUCUUCAUCCUCCUCUCCUCUUUUUUUCACAGAGGAGAAUCUCCCUCCGGGACUCAAAGCUUGGGCUUUUUUGUUGUCAUGUCAGUCGGUGUUUUACUAAAAGGUUGUCUCUCUCUCUUUCACUGUUUGCUUUUGACUGUUUUCAAUGUGUUGGAUUUUUUCUCAUGGAUCCUCAUUUCAAAAAGAGAGGUUUCUUGUUUUGUGAAAACGCACCCCCCCCCCCCACCCCACCCCUCUGUUGGUGUGUGUGUGUGUGUGUGUGAGUGUGUUUCCUUGUCCCAAUAGCCAGCAGGUCGAGGCGACAGAGAGCCGGCUGGCUCUUGUAUGUGAUGUCUUGAGACUUUUUGUAUUGGGACACCACUGUGUGAGAUGAGUUUGUGUCCACCUUCUCCUUUCCGCUCCCCCCAUUCCUCCCGUCACUAUGACCUCCUCCUCCUCCUCUCUUUCUCUCCUCCAACACACCUCUAAAGGGAGGAAAAAACUAGUACAUUCCUGCUUUGGAAAAAUGUUGAUUAAAAAAAUUAUGUUU